UCGGCUGAGAUCCGGACUCGGCCUGAGCCGUAUCGGGACUUCAUCUUCGACCAAGACAUCAUCGCCUUCUGUCAAUCUCAGGUCGAGGCCGUAGACUCUGAAGCAGGUGCGGUAUUUUUGGUUACAUGGUCAGGGUCUCAUUUCAUGUAGACCACCUGGCGAUCAUGGGUCUUUGCAACGCUCUCAAGAUUACCCUGAAGCUUGCGACACUGAACAGCCACUUGCAGGGUCCGGUGCAAGAGUCUGAUGUGUUCACGGUGAUUGCACCGGAGGACGCCAUGGACAAGGACUUGCCGCCUAUUCUGUUGCUAUUCAGGCACGUGGAAGUGGUAGCUCCACCGUCAGUCCACUGAUUCAAACACGGCAGACCGGGCCAUUACGAUGUUCUGCUCUCGAGCAACUGACGAGGGAUCGGGAUACCCAUGAUCUAACUGAUAGAUAAGAUGUGAAUUACAAACAGUAUUAUUGUGCGGUGUAAACUGGGGGAAGGUCCAUUUCGUCGUGGUAGACCGAGCUACUGGCGCGGGUGCUAGAACUCGCGCUCGGUGGUUGAGGCAGUGGUCUGUAUGAUGACCCGGAAGAUCAGCGACAGAGGCAGAGUCCCCUCCCAAGCUUGGCGCUCUUCGGGAAUGGCCCGAUGACGAUGCAAAACCAAAGGAAGGACUGCGCGUGGUAGACCGGCUCCCACUAAGAGCAGAAGGAGAACGAGAGUCGGAAAAUAUCACUGUGGGAGUAGGUGUUUUGAAUGGAUUCGUGAUGUCGGAGGAGGAUGCUGAGCUGAUCGUUGGGGGGUAUCGUACUGAAGAACCCGAGUAUGCGGAAAUGGGCGGAGAGGAGUAGAGCAUGGGGAUUGCGUCGGUCGGAUUGGCUGGUGGCGUCGUGUGCCUCCUGGAUUUUGCUCCAAAAAGACGUUGCCGGAACAGUGCGAGGAGGCUCAGACAGAGAAUCAGGGCAAAGGCUCCGCCAGCGAUGCCGGCGAUCUUUCCUACAUUUGAAGAGCCGUGGUGAGACGGGACCGUCACGGAGUCGACAGACGGAUCGGGCUGCAACAGGAGGUAAUCGACCCAUACUGUCCCAG